AUGAACGACCCUGGUCUUGAUGAUGCUAUUGCUGAUGAGGCAGUGGCCCUAGACCAGUCUUCUGGCCAGCAAAAGGAUACAACAGAUGCAGAUGGAAGGUCCCUUGGAUCCCAGUAUCCGCAGGCUGCUCGGUGGUGGCUUGCAAGUACCGCGUAUCCACUGAUGGCAGGUACAUUUGGUCCCAUGACCAGCGCAUUCAACAUCUGCUCCCUUUCGCAGCCAUGGCGAAUGGAUCUCACAAACGGCGGUGGGCUGAAUAUCUCAGAUCCAAAAUGGGUCACAUCGAUCAAUGCAGUCUCGCUUGUCUCCGCUCUCGUCGCCAACCUCGCUCUAUCAUUGAACAUGGCGCGGCGCAUUCGAUUCGAGAUCGCUCAACCUAUAAUCAUCAUCGGAUGGUACAUCUCAUCUGCUCUACUGAUCGGCAUACUCAUUCCAUUCGGUGUGAUGAUGUACCAACCCGAGAAUGACGACCGAAUAUACGCACAGAGCUACUACUACGGCACCUUUGCCGCGGGCUUAUACUUCAUCAUCGCCUCAUUGAUGGCAGUGACUGGAUAUGGUGCCUGGAGAGAUCACUAUAGCCGCGAGUACAACUUGACAACCAGUCAGCGGACUCUGAUGCUACAGACUAUCGUCUUCUUCAUAUACCUUCUCGGCGGGGCGGCUGUCUAUGCGAGAAUAGAGAAUUGGCGUUUCCUGGAUGCUCUCUACUGGGCAGACUACACCCUUCUCACUAUCGGUGUUGGUAACUUUGCCCCAGCUACACACCUCGGUCGUGGGCUUUUAUUCCCCUAUGCAGUCGGGGGUAUUAUCAUUCUGGGUCUCAUUAUCUCAUCAAUUCGAACCCUCAUGCUCGAAAAGGGCAGACAGAAGAUCGGUGAUAUAUUGACGGCCCACACGCACAAGUUCCUUGUCAAGGAAGCACUCUCGAACGACUCUCAUCUACAAGGAAUCGUGCCGCCGCUAGACGAGCAGAGCGCCAAAGUUGAAGGGCGAAGUGAUCGUGAACAGCGCAAGAGAGAGUUCAUCGCAAUGCGUCAGGUCCGACAAUUAGCUACAGUUCAGCACAAGUGGAUAUCCCUACUUGUGUCCUUCACGCUAUGGAUGACGAUGUGGCUGAUUGGCGGAGUUGUUUUCUGGCGCUCCGAGUCAUACUCCAAAUGGUCAUAUUUCCAAGCUCUCUAUUUUGCAUACACAACUCUUCUGACAAUUGGGUACGGUGACAUUUACCCAAUCAGCAGUUUGGGGAAAUCGUUCUUCGUUUUCUGGUCUUUACUUGCAGUUCCAACUAUAACGAUUCUCAUCUCCAGUAUUGGUGACACACUUGUGCGGCUCAUUCGAGACAUCACUUUGGUCAUUGGCGAGAUCACAAUCCUGCCAGGCGACCAAUCUCUCGUCGGUCGAGUCAAAGACUUGUCUCAUAUAUCCUGGAAAGGGUGGUGGUUAGAGGAAACAACAGGUGAUAGCAAGACAAAGGAAACAAACCAACCUGUGGGUCAAGGACGUUCUCCUCUUGAGGAAAAAGAAAAAGAAAGGGAAGCCCGAGCCCAAAAACGAGGCGAUGUUGCGAUGGAAAAUCUUCAUCACUAUCAUUACUUGCUCUUCCGGGAGGUGCGCAAUUUGAUAGAUUACGCUUCGAGCAAUCCGUCUAGGAAGUUUGAUUACGCCGAGUGGGAGUACUAUUUAGAGCUUCUUGCUGGGAAGAACAGACCCAAUGUACCUGGUGAUGGAGAUGACCACCCGAAGAAGGCCCGAGCAUGCGACUGGAGUUGGCUUGACAAGAAAAGCCCUUUACUGGGACGCAAAAGUGAAGUUGAGUGGUUGCUUAGCGCAUUGACGGAAACUCUUGACGAGGAAUUAAAGAUGGCUGGUCAGGUGCGUCCUUCAACUGAAGACAAGUCAGGGAAAUUAUCCCAAGCUCCAGAUGAGAAGUAA